AUGAUGCGACUACUAACUUGCUCUGCACUGGUGGCUCUUCCUUUGACGCUGGCCAUCAGCAUCAGGUCGACAGACGUCUGGGACAUAGCGACUGAUAUCCAGGGGCCCGAGCGCCUCAACGGUGUUAGUUACCAGGAAGAUGUGCUGGUCACGUUCGGAGACUACCAAUAUGUCACUUUCUACAGCACGACACCUGCGGGCUACAACAACCAUCAUGUCAAUCUUGGCCGUCGCAGGAUUGAGCCGAGUGUAGAACCUUGGGAGUACCUAGCCUUCACAGAUUACGUGCAGCGUACCAUGGACGGUCAUAACAUGAUAUCGAUGGGCAUCUCAGGCGAUGGGCAUGUUCACUUGAGCUUCGACCACCAUGAUGUCCCUCUCAACUAUCGUGUUUCCAAGACUCCCAUUGCCCUCGAAGUACCGGCGACCUGGUCAGAGAGCUUGUUCAAUGAAGUCGUUCAUGAGCUUCCUGGUUCCCAAGGCCCCUGGACACCUCUCACGUAUCCUCGCUUUGAGUUGCUGGGCAAUGGGGAUUUACUAAUGGAAUUUCGAAUCGGCCCACAAUGGAAGCCGUACGGCAAAUAUCUCGAGGGCUACGACAACAACGCAUAUAUAAAUGGCCUCAGCUACCUCGACGGUCGGCUGUAUACUUCGUGGACCGUUCGAGAAACACCCAAUGCUGACACCAACCAUGACUUUUAUUUUGCCUAUUCUGACGAUGAUGGCCAAACUUGGUUUAACAGCAACGGCUCGACACUUCCCCAACCCAUCUCGACUGCCCUCGAUGAACCCCUUGUGUGGGAGAUUCCACAGAACAGUCGCAUGGUGAAUCAAGAGGGCCAGCUUGUGGACAGCGCUGGCCGAUUUCACUCGCUUAUGAGGGACAAUAUCACAGGCCAUCAUCUCUAUCAGCAUUUCAUGCGGGACACCGACGGGACCUGGAGCAAGAGCGCGAUCAACCCAAGUGGUCUCCUGGGGCCUGAUCUGUACGAUCCCCGUGGAAAGCUGGCUGCUGAUGCUAGUGGCGAGUACGUGAUUGCGCUCCUACCCGUCGCUGCGACGUCCGAGACGCGUAUCUACGUUGCUUCUGCCCGAGAGAAGUUUCGGCAUUGGGUCUUAUUGACGAGCAUCCCAAACACCUCAACAGAACCACUAUACGACCAGGUUCGGUUAAGGGAAUACGAUGUAUUGAGUGUGUUUGUACGUCAGGCGGGCUCGUACCCCGACCGGAUGCUUCAGGUUUGGGACUUCAAGUUAGAGCUCUAG